GCGACGAGUCUGCGUGCCUCCUAGAGGCCUGCAAAGUACCUCCGGAGCACGCGGAGAUCACUUUUCGUACGGCUGCAUCCGCACCGCAGCCCUGAGGCCAUCACACCAGAGCCUGUGCACAGCUGCACCAGAGCUGCACCAUGCGCCACGCCCUAGCCCUCCUCCUCCUCCUCCUCCGACAAGCAACUACACAGCGCUGCACCUCGCUCGCGGGCCCGGACUGCGAAAUAAUCAACGGCCGCGCGCCGGCGCGGCCACCAACAAAUGCGGCGCCGGCGGCGAAGCCGUCGUCGUGGCGCGAGCGGCUCCUCGGCGUCGUGCGGGCCCACCUCGAGGAGGGCCGCGACCGCGCGGACGCCGUCAAGGGCGCGUUCGAGGUGCGGGGCGACCUGCCUGACGCCGAGGGCGCCUUCGAGCUCGUCGCCGGCGCCUGGCUCGACCAGCCCGAGGGCUGGAUCACGGUCGGGCUGCGGGGCCGCUUCGAGGACAACUGUACGUUGUCGGGCGAAAUUACUGAUGGGGAAGGUGACAUCAUGGCGGCCUGCUCGCGGUUCACGCUCCAGCGCGUCGACGCCGACGAGGCCGCCGACGCGUCAAUACCCCUCGCGGGCGCCUGGGAGGGCGUCUACGUCUGCGGCGGGACGCCGACGCGGCUCGUGCUGCGCUUGUCACCCGACCACGCCGCGUAUCGCGCCUGUGUGGAAAUCAAAUUUCACGGAGACGAAAUUCGGCGCCGCGGCGGCGAGGCGCUUGACGCGGCCGUCGGGCAACCUAACUCACUGGUUGAUUUCCACACAGGUUCGCGCGCGAGGUACGCGGCGUGUUCUCGUUCCGCGUCCUGGGCGAGAUGAACGAGUACGAGCUGCGCGAGGUGACGCGGCUCGUGGGCGAGUCGCUCGUCGACCUCGACGUCGAGGACGGCUCCGACGUGAUCGUCGUCGCGGGUGAGCUCGUCGACGCGCAGGACUUCAUGCUCGACUUCGACGACGGAGGGGGGGACGUAAUGUGAUAUGUAU